AAUGAAAAAUGAAAAUGAACAUGAAUUUGAAUAUGAAUCUGAAACAGAAAAAGAAAAUCAACUGGAAAAAAGAACUGCAGUAGAUUGUAUUGAAACUGACAAAAUUAAAAUGGAGUCACUUGGGUCUGAAUCUUCAACUAUUUUAGCAAAUGGUAAUCAUAAGAAUCUUCAUCAAUUUGGAAAUAAAGAGCUUGAACUAUUAUUUGAUUUUUCAAAUGAAGAUUCUAUGGAAAUUGGUGAUUCAUCUGAUGAAACUUAUACACUAAAAAUUUCCACAACUUCAGUGAAUGUUUCUGAUGAAAGCUCAUUUGAAGAAAGUCGUAACAAAUUGACAAAAGAAUCAAACCAAGAGAAUUUUAAGAUUCUUAAAGAAGGAUCGAGAAGAGGGAAAGAUGUUUUGCAGCGAAAAAACAAUCAGUUAGACAAACAACAUGGGUCUGCAGCAAAAUGA